UUUGCGAGUAUGUCUAAUUGUCUAGUCUGUCAAACAAAAGCUGAACUGAACGGUGUAUAGGGUGUAAAUUUUGUAGACAAAAAAUAUUGUAUGCUUAAUCACUGAGCAAUUUGUGCACUUAAAUAAUCUUAGUUUAAAGGGCUUGUUGUUGUAUUCAUAAUAAGUUGUAUAUCCAAGUAAACGCUUCUUGGUUUGCAAUUGUCAAAAUAUAUACAAUGUCUGUGAGAAAGAGGUCUGGAUCAGGAUCAAAACGACCUAAGGAAAAAAUUGUACAUAUCUACGAGCAACUUUUACGUGGAGAAGAAAUAGGAAAGGAAAAUCCUAAUUUUUGGGAAGAGUUUUUCCUUCUACAGCCAAACGUUGAUUUUUUGGAAACUGAGCUUCAAAAAAUGGAAUCUUCCAAAAUGAUACCGACCAAGACUAAUAUCCUAGAACUUAUUAAUAAGUGUGUGCUAGUAUUAAACUCAAACCAUACCAAAAGAACACAAAACUCGUUGAUCACUCUUAGUGUUCUAAUAUCAACAAUUUUCAAAAAACCAACCUUUACGGAUAGUCUUCAGGAUAUUAACACAUUAUUCUGCAUGACAGAUGUGCAUACCGAUAUGAAAAAUCUGGUAGUGAAACUGAAAGAAUUACUGGUUAACGACAACUGUGAUUAUUCCAGACAUUACUGCAUAAAACUAUUAUUUACUAUCGUUACUGCGACUGACAACUUAAAUCAAAAUACUUUGCUGGAGUGCCUUAUGGUGAAUAACUUGUUCGAUUCGUUCAAAAAACUUUUAAGCGAUCCCACAACAAGACAGGAAUAUGGUCGAGAUAUUGUUGUCCUACUAACACUUUUGGUCAACUAUCGAAAAAAUGAAGGAACAAAUCCAUAUGUAGUUCAGUUAUCAUUAUUAGAUGAAGAACUUGCUUUGCAUGGUUUUGGCCAAAUAAUAUCCGCAUCUUUGUUCGAAUUCAUCAGACAACCAACAGUUAAUAUUAUAUCGGCUCAACCUAAUUCUUGGAUAACCUCUAUUUCAUCGAUAGUAGGAAAUAUGUUUUUAUCGGACGAAACAGAUGAACGAAUGCAUCACAUAAGGCAAAACAUUGCUCUAUUGUUAGCAUUGUACGAGGCAGUACACUUAAACAGGAACUUUAUCACGACACUAGCUACUACUCAAGCAGAAUCUAGCUCUCCUCCAUCUCCGUCAAGCACAUUAGGUGGUCAUCAUACAACGAAAGAACUUGCAAGUGCUCCGUUGAUGGAAAUAACGCAUUAUCCUACUAAUUUACUUGUUGCCGUUUUUCAAUAUUGUUCUGUGGCAAUGAUGGAUCAUAAAAAUGAAUCAAGUUUUUAUAAUCUAAAACUUUGUUUCAUUAUCCUAACCUGUAUAUCGGAGGAUCAGUAUGCUAACUCUAUGAUGCAUGACUCUAACUUGGCAUUUAAAGUGCAUUUGCAGAGAACGCAUAUGCGUCAUAGGAAAUUGACUACAGAUCGUAUUUCGAAGCCGCAGCCUUUAGCUGCAACAUUAUUAGAUCUACUAGUGGAGUUUAUUGUCUCACAUCUGAUGAAAAAAUUUCCGUCUGAGCUAUAUUUAUUAUGUAUUGGUGUAAUGCAUCGAAUCAUUGUGUACCAAAAACGCUGUCGCAUAAGGCUGGUAUAUCCAUGGAAAGAUUUAUGGACAUCGUUAAUUAGUUUACUAAAAUUCUUAGUAUAUCAGGAGCAGAACCUUGUGAAAAAAUGUAAUAUCUUCAAUUUAGCAACUCAGGUAGUUAACAUAUUCAAUUUAUUCAUAACAUAUGGAGAUACCUUCUUAGCGACUACUAGCAGUUACGACGAGUUGUACUAUGAGUUGAACCGAGAAGAAAAGGUUUUCAGCGAGAUCCAUGGAAUGGUGCUACGUUAUACAUCGAUGGAUGAAUGCGAAUAUAUGGAAGACGCCUGUAAGCUCGUUAAUUCACUAGUAAACAUUCUAGCAAUCAUCAAACAUUUUCAGAUUAAGAUCAAGGAAUGGCUUUCAUCUGAGUCGCUCUCAACUCCUACUGAAGAACAGAUAUUGGUACAGAUUCAAAAAAAUUAUGAUCUCAGCCUUAAGCUUCAAGAUUCAUUAGAUUUUUUUGAAAGAUAUGUUGAAAACCCUCACGAACAGUUUUUCUGCACUUUAGUGAAUAACGUAGUGAUUGACACGCGCAAAUCUGUUUCGUCUACAUUUCGAACGUGUAAAGCAAAUCAAGUUAAAAUGUAAAUAAUGAUUAUUUUUGUAGAAACCAAGAAUUUUUCAGGUUUUUUAGUAAUAAGCAAAGGAACUGUUAAUUUUGAGAUAUUUAAAAAAUAAAAAGAGAAUUCCAA